CGGUCUCGCGCUCUACAGUCAGGGCGCAUUGAGCGAGUCAUCUCCUAAUCCAGAGAUUUACAACAGGCAACUGAAACUGCACCAUUUGCUGCCAUACAAGCACAUCCGGAUAACUCCAUAACAAAUUUAUUACACAAGGAUAAAGUAUAGCAAAAUAACCAGGUAGCUGAAAAUGUGCGGAAUAUUUUAAAAAAAAUUCUCCACGGGAACGUUAUGUGGAGAGAGGGCUUAUUGCCAUUGCCUGGAGGACAACGCCUGGAUAAGGAAGAGAGGACAACAUUUGACGUUACUGUGGGACGGCGGUUUGUUAGAGAUACUUCACAGACAUGCUGAAUGCAGUUUGCUGUCGUCUCGCUCAAGGCUUCUUUAUGUGUCUGAUGCUGCACGCGCUCAUCGACUGCACUCGAGGCUCAGUAAGCCAGCAGACGUCCCAGCUCUCCUCGUAUGAGGUGACGGUACCGAGACGCAUCAGCAGACAGAGGAGAAACCAGGACAGUGCAGAUAAGGUGUCAUACAUAAUCCAAGCUCAAGGAAAAGAACAUGUCGUCAUCCUGGAGAGAAAUGAAUUGCUUCUUCCAGAGGAUUUCACUGUGUACUCUUAUGCCAAAGAUGGCUCGCUGGUCACCGAGAGACCAAACAUGAUGGGUCAUUGUCAUUACAGUGGUUACAUAGAGGAUGUGGAGGGCUCUUCUGCAGCACUCAGCCUGUGCUCUGGGUUAAGGGGUGUUAUCCACAUGGAGGGCACCAGUUUCGGUAUUGAACCAUUGGAAAGUUCCUCCAGUGAUGAGCACGUGGUGUAUCGUUUGGAGGAUGUCAAGACAGAACCUCUCAACUGUGGAACGCCUCACUUUCAUAACCAUGAUGACGAAGCUUCACCAAGGCAACCUACAGACAGCUAUGUCCAUAACAUCACAUUUGUUCAAUCUGGCAGCCAUCUAAUCAGGAAAAAGAGAGCAGUGCUGCACCAGACACACUAUGUGGAACUGCUAAUGGUGGUGGAUAAUAUGAGAUUUAAAUACAAAAAAGGGAAUCAAACAGCUGUACGUGAGGAGGUGGUUCAAAUCGCUAACUAUGUUGAUAGUAUGUACAUUGCUCUGAAUAUCCGUAUUGUGUUGGUGGGAUUGGAGAUCUGGUCUGCGCAGAACUUCAUCAAUACUGAUGGCGGUGCUGGAGAGGUGCUGGGCCGCUUUAGUCAAUGGAGAGAGAAAGAGCUGGUUCACCGUCGUCGCCAUGACAGUGCACAGCUCAUCAUAAAUAAAGGAUUUGGUGGAACAGCAGGCAUGGCUUUUGUUGGCACUGUUUGUUCCAGAAGUCAUGGUGCUGGAAUUAAUUCGUUCACCAAUAAUAAUGUGCUGUCAUUCGCCUCCAUCGUGGCUCAUGAGCUGGGUCACAAUCUUGGGAUGAACCAUGAUGAUGGCCGAAACUGUAAAUGCGAUGUCCAGCACUGCAUUAUGAACUCAGGGGCAACUGGUUCUCGUAACUUCAGCAGCUGUAGUGCUGAUGACUUUGAGAAGAUGAUCUUGAACUCAGGCGGCCGUUGUCUGCUGAACACGCCGCGGCCGGACGAUGCGUACAGCGCCCCCUUCUGCGGGAACAAGCUGGUGGACGUGGGCGAAGAGUGCGACUGUGGGUCAGAGGAAGAGUGUGCGAAGGAUCCAUGCUGUGAGCCGAAGACGUGUAAGCUGAGGUCAGGUGCUCAGUGUGCGUACGGGGUCUGCUGCAAGAACUGCAGGUUUUUGCCUGGUGGCACAGUGUGCAGAAGCAGCACAGAUGAAUGUGAUUUGCCCGAGUACUGUAACGGCUCAUCUGCCCUCUGUCAGAAUGACGUCUUCAAACAGGACGGCCAUCCCUGCAAACAAGGCCAAGCUUACUGUUACAACGGCCAGUGCCAGCACUAUGACACCCAGUGUAAGGCCAUAUUCGGCACAAAAGCUAAAGCUGCUCCUGGGCUGUGUUUUAAUGAUGUCAACUCUAAAGGCGAUCGCUUUGGAAACUGUGGCUACCAUUCCAACGGAUUCAAGAAGUGUGAGAGCAGAAACGCCAUGUGCGGGAAGCUGCAGUGCGAGAACGUCCUGUCCUCAGUCAUAUUUGGCAUCAAGCCGUCAGUGAUCCAGACCCCCAUCGCUGGCACUACCUGCUGGGGCGUGGACUUCCUCCUGGGCUCUGAUGUGCCUGAUCCCGGCAUGGUCAAUGAGGGCACCAAGUGUGGAGAAAAUAAGGUUUGUCUGAAUUUUGAAUGCAAAAGCGCAGACGUGCUGAAUUACGACUGUGAUGUUGAAAAGAAAUGCCGCGGCCAUGGGGUGUGUAAUAGCAAUAAAAACUGCCACUGUGAAUACGGCUGGGCUCCUCCGUUCUGUGAGGCCUCUGGUUAUGGAGGAAGCGUCGACAGCGGCCCCACCUGGAACGAUAAAGACACUUCCACAAGGGAUGGUCUGCUUGUGUUCUUUUUCCUGAUUCUUCCUCUCUUGGCGUUGGGUUUGUUUGUGGUCUUCUUUCUGUUCUUCAGAAAGAAACGCUCUCAGGGCUACGAAGCCGACAGCAGGCCGCAGACUGCUGUGUCCCAGCGGGGAAACCCCAGCAGUAUGGUGAAGGACCGGGUGGUUCAGACUAAUAAAUCAGCAUCUGUGCCAUCUUACACAACUAGACCACCACCACCUCCGUUAGCACGACCACCUGCUCCCACCAAACAUCUGAUGCCUCAAAGACCAGCGCCUGCACCCCCAGUAUAACACACAACACACAUCGGACUGACAGUUGUAUUUCUGUCUGGGAUGGACAGGAGUGGGAGGAGUCGAGGAGGAAUCAGCUGGUCACUCCCACUCUCUCUAUUCUCCCCCUCAAUCUGCAAACAGCUGUCAACUGUCAAUCAAACCCAGAGACGGUCACUGUUGCGAAAGAAACCUCCACUCGCAAUACAUCACAGAGUGCAUGAUGGGAGCGAGAAAACUCUUUAGCUAAUUAAACACCUGUUACCCGAUGAAAGAUGUCUAUGGCAACACACCGAUCUCCUUAACUGUGUUACCAUUCUUAUUUGCUAUAUAGGACCACUGCGACUGAUUGCACUUCAGUAAUAUCCACUGUUUAUAGGAAUGUACCGAGACCCUUUUUAUCAUAGGCCGGCUUUAAAAUGUUCAUUUGUUCCCCCCCUUUUUUGGUGCAAAUAUAUUCUGAAAACCAC